UGUUGGUGUAAUUCGAUUUCUUCUUCUCACAUCUCAAAUCUCCGAUCAAAAUCCGAAAAAAAAAAAAAAAAUGGUGAGAGAUAUUGUAGACGAUCCGCUUGACGAAGAUGAUAUCGCUCUCGUCAAGACUUAUGGGUUAGUGCCUUACUCUGCACCUAUCAAGAAAGUGGAGAAAGAAAUUAAGGAACUCACCGAGAAGAUCAACGAUCUAUGUGGUAUCAAGGAGUCUGAUACUGGUUUAGCUCCUCUCAGUAAGCAAAUGAUGCAAGAGGGGCAACCUCUCCAGGUGGGUUAUGUUUCCUGUUUUAGAUAUAUCCCGAUCGAUCUCCUCAUGGAUAUCUUUUCGAGAGUUCCUGCAAAGUCUAUAGCUAGGUUUCGUUGCGUAUCCAAACUCUGGGAAUCCAUACUUUGUCGUCCUGAUUUCAAGGAGUUGUUCAUGACUAUGUCUUCGAUUCGUCCACCGUUGCUUCUUUUCACCUUCCAAGAUGAUGAUGGCAAUUUGUUCUUCUUCUCUUCACCUCACCCUCAGAUUCCAUGUAACGAGAAUACGUCUCUUGUACCCACCCGUUAUCAUGUUCAACAUACCACAGAUUCUUUUUCUGAAAUUGGUUCUCCUCUUUGUGGAUUCAUCUGUCGCCGAGGUAAGAGAAAUCUAGAUACUAUGGUAAUUUGUAACCCAGUCACGGGAGAGUCCGUAUCCUUACCCAAAGUGGAACUGAAGAGUAUUAAUACUGAGACAAGACCUUAUUUAGGAUAUGAUCCGGUCCGCAAACAGCUAAAGGUAUUGUGCAUCAAGUCUGAUGAUAUCCCAAAUACGUGUGAUGAGCAUCAAGUUUUGACAUUGGAGAAUGGAAACCAUUUAUGGAGAACAAUCCAAUGCAAACCCCAUUAUCCUAAAUCUGAUGGAAUAUGCAUAGAUGGUAUUUUGUAUUAUACAGCUGGGUUCGAUAUGCGGGCAAGGGUUUCUAUGGUAGUGUGCUUUGAUGUGAGGUCUGAAAAGUUUAGCUUUAUCAACAUACAUGUAUUCAUGUUGAUGAAUGACUCUUGUACUCUAAUCAACUACAAGGGUAAACUAGGUGCACUUCAGUUUACAUGUUUGUCUCCAAAACGUCUUAGGUUCUGGGUUCUAGUAAAUGCUGAGAAAAAUAUAUGGACCAAAUGUAUCUAUGCAUUGCCUCCUUUGUGGAACAACUUAGUUCAGCAUACGGAGUUAGCCAUUGUUGGAAUGACUGAUGGAGGUGAAGUUGUGUUGUCACAGUACUGUCUAAUAUACGCAUUUUACAUUUAUUACUUCAACCUUGAGAGCAAGAGUCUCACAAGAGUUCAAAUACAAGAUGUUGAAAUGUUCAAACGUACGAGAGUUUACACCUCUCUAGGCUAUGUUGAGAAUUUUAAACUUAUGUAAGUGUUCAACUAUUGUUUUAAUACUUGGUCUAGUUUAUUCUUUCAGUUGAUAAGUGUCUAUCUUACAUUCUUUUGUUCCAAGGACUGACUAUGACAGAGGAUUCAACACAUUUUCUCCUCAAGGGAGGCUAUUUUAAGUCGAGUCUGCCACUGAAGCUAGCAAGCUUUUCAUGGCUAGCAGUUUCACAGACAAUUCCACAACUGAAUAGAUGGGCAGAUUUUAUCCUUUCACAGAAGCGACCACAACAAACAGUUCUACCUCCACCACGCUAAAGAUCUUCGAUAGGCUUUGUCUCCACUCUGAAAAUAUUCCUAGGCAAAUCCAAGGAUUGUAAUUGGAAAUUGUUCAUCAUUUUAACUUGGUUAAUUGGAUAAUUUUAUUCCUUUGUUGGUCAUACUAGUCUGCUUUUCAUUUUCAAUUCUCUUGUAUUUUAAAUUGUUUAGGAAUACUUGUCUUCGUUUCGACUUUGGCCACGCCAACAAGAAACAUCUUAUGUAAUAACAGUCAUUAAGCUACUUUAUGUAAAAACAACCUUAUACUU